CUGUUUCCAGUCUUUCAUGAAAAUUUAGUUGACUGUUAGUUGUCUUUCAGCCUCCAAGCUGCGGCUUCGAUUGAGUGCCCACGCGUCGAAAGGAGAGCGCGCGACAAGCCCACCAUCCCUAGCAACCCCUCUAAAACAACAUCAACACAUUCACUGUUGCUGCUGCAUAGAGUGCCACAACCAUGGACUCUUCUCCAGCGAAGCGCCGCUCCGAGCGCACUUCUGCAUCGGCGACUCCAAGACGAAGCGCCCGUGGUCAAAAUUCUCAGAUACCUGACAGCAGUCCAGCGCCGGCAGGUCCAGAUGAGCAGUUGCAGUCUGAGGCUUCGCAGGCCUCACAACGUGGAUCGCUAGCAACUCCACGCAACGCAAGGUUCCAGACCACUUCGACACAAUCCCCGCUCUUCUUCCGCUCAUCGCCUGCCAACCCCUCCGGCGCAGGACAAGCUAAUGGCGAGGAUGAGAGCGAUGGUGGUGCGACACCAAAAGCGUCUGCACAGACGAUGGGGGAUUCGUCGCCCAUUCACUACGCAUCUAGCUCUAGCCCUGGCCGUGCCCGCAAUGCCCAAAGCAACGUCCCUGGAAGCAGCAGCAGUGCCCUUUUCGUACGUGGCUCCGAAUCCGCGGCUCGCAAUCGACGAAGCGACAUACACUCAGACGUCUUUGGCACAAGCUCUACCAAUCGCCGACGCAGGUUAUUUGUCGAUGAAAAUGGCAUGCCUGUACAGGAACCUUCAGACGCACCAACCUUCUCCAAUAUCAACCCUGAUACUUCAGAUGCGGAGGUCUUGGGCGGAAACUCCUCUCGAGUCAUUUGGGGAACCAACGUAUCGCUCGUAGACGCCAGACAUGCCAUGAGAGACUUCUUGAUGAACUUCCGAAGAAAGUAUCGCAUGAUCCAGGACGGCGAGCUGAACGAGGGCAUGAAUCUCCCAGAUAAUCAUCCGGCCAUGGCUAGGGAAUAUGUCGAUAUCAUGAAGAUGAUGCUGGAGCUUGGUGUUACGCCUUUGAAUUUGGACGCGCGCAAUCUCAAGGCUUACCCACCGACCAGAAAGCUUUGGCACCAACUGCAGGCCUACCCUAACGAAAUCAUUCCCAUCAUGGAUGUUGCAAUCAAGGACACCAUGCUCGAACUUGCUGAGAAGCGCAUGGCAGAGAUGCGAACUCAGAUGUCACAAGCACAGCGUGCUGCUCAACCUAGGGCUCGCGAUUCAAGCUCGCUCCCGCCCAUGUUGAGCUCUGAUGCGCCUACUCCCGGCGCCCCGUCUCCUGCUCCGUUCGCGGAAAUCCCGAAUCUGGUCAGCGAAGUUGACCAGAAAACAUACAACGUAAGGCCAUUCGGUCUAGAUCAUACAAUCAACUUACGCGAGCUCAACCCUGGCGACAUGGACAAGCUUGUCAGUGUGAAGGGUCUGGUGAUUAGAACUACACCUAUCAUCCCAGACAUGAAGGACGCUUUCUUCCGCUGCUCUGUAUGUAAUCAUACCGUCAGGGUCGACAUUGACCGUGGCAAGAUCACCGAGCCCACCAAGUGCCCGCGCGCCGUAUGCGAGUCGCCAAACUCGAUGCAGAUCGUGCACAACCGCUCAGGCUUUGCAAACAAACAGGUCAUCAAGCUACAAGAGACACCAGAUGACAUGCCGGACGGUCAGACACCGCAUUCAGUGUCCCUGUGCGCAUAUGACGAGCUCGUCGAUGUAUGCAAAGCCGGUGACCGUGUUGAGAUCACUGGUAUCUUCAAGUGUAACCAGGUCCGCAUCAAUCCUCGUCAGCGAUCGGUAAAGAACAUCUUCAAGACAUAUGUCGAUGCGCUUCACAUUCAGAAAGUUGACAAGAAGCGACUCGGUAUUGACGUAUCGACAAUCGAAGAAGAGCUCGCUGAGCACGCAGCUGGUGAUCUGGAAGAAACCCGCAAGGUCUCCGAAGAGGAAGAGGAGAAGAUCAAGGCUACUGGUGCUCGUUCUGACGUUUACGAACUCCUUUCUCGCUCGCUGGCGCCCAGUAUCUACGAGAUGGACGAUGUCAAGAAGGGCAUUCUGCUCCAGCUCUUUGGUGGCACUAACAAGCAGUUCGAAAAAGGAGGUAGCCCGAAGUACCGUGGCGACAUCAACGUUCUGCUCUGUGGUGAUCCUUCCACAGCCAAAUCUCAGAUUCUGCAGUACGUACACAGAAUUGCGCCACGAGGUGUGUACACUUCUGGAAAGGGUUCCUCUGCUGUCGGUUUGACUGCGUACGUUACCCGCGAUCCUGAGACACGACAGCUGGUGCUUGAGUCUGGUGCGCUAGUCUUGUCCGAUGGUGGUGUGUGCUGCAUCGAUGAGUUCGACAAGAUGUCUGAGGCAACUCGAUCCGUUCUCCACGAAGUUAUGGAACAGCAAACAGUUUCCAUCGCCAAAGCUGGUAUCAUCACAACCCUCAAUGCCCGUACUUCGAUUCUUGCAUCCGCCAAUCCUAUCGGAUCGAAAUACAACGUCAACCUUCCCGUCCCUCAAAACAUCGACCUCCCACCCACACUCCUCUCACGUUUCGAUCUUGUGUAUCUUGUCCUGGAUCGUAUUGACGAGCAAAACGAUCGUCGCAUGGCUCGUCAUUUGGUCGGCAUGUAUCUCGAAGAUACGCCUGAGAAUGCUUCCAAGAGCGAAGUAAUGCCUAUCGAAUUUUUGACCGCAUACAUCUCCUAUGCGCGCUCAAAUAUCCACCCAAAGAUCACCGAGCCUGCAUCGAAAGCUCUUGUGGAUGCUUACGUUGCGAUGCGUGGUCUCGGUGCUGACAUUCGCUCGCAAGAGCGAAGAAUUACAGCAACUACACGUCAAUUAGAAUCAAUGAUCCGUCUCUCUGAAGCCCACGCCAAGAUGCGCUUGUCAGAAGAAGUUACGGCUGACGACGUUCACGAAGCCGUCCGUCUCAUCAAGUCAGCGCUCAAGCAGGCAGCUACGGAUGCACGUACAGGUCUUAUCGACAUGUCGCUUCUCACUGAAGGCACUUCGACCAGCGAUCGCCGCAAGAAAGAAGACCUCAAGCGCGCGGUGCUUGCCUCGCUCGACGAGCUUGGUUCUGCUGGCCAGAGCGUGCGCAUGAACGACCUGGUCAAGAAGGUCAGGGAAGGCGCUAGUGAACAAGUGGAAAAUCAGGAGUUCCUUGAGGUAUUGCGCAGUGCCGAGCUUGAGGGUGCUGUCCAAAUUAGUGGUGAGGGUAUGAGGAGAAUGGUCAAGAGGGUUGUUGGUAACUUCUAGAUCAACUAUUGUAGGCAUGGCGUUCCAGGGGUUAUGGGAUAAGCAUACCUUUAUGAGGCGAUGAUAUGAUGUGGUGGAUGGAUAGCUGCAAGCAUUUCAGUAGUCGCGUUGCAUUUGUAUAGACAUCGUGUUCUGCC